AUGGGUUUGCAGUAUGCAUUUGGAUGGAAUAUGGUAUCGCGCACCGCCCGAGCAGGGAUCUUAGAGCGUGGCCCAAAGAAGCUUUUCAGAAUGCCCAUGCUCAGAGCAACUGAUGGCCGAUACCCUAGUGAUGCUGCAUGCGAUUUCAACAUCCUCCAUUUCCGAGAAGGGCAUGGGACCAACGAUGGUCUCAUGCAAUUGUGGAUUAAUACCACCCAUCCCCAAUACCAUGUACUGGGGAUGACGGUACACACAAUAUAUCCGAUCGAAAAUUGCAAGAUUCUCAACUUGUUGGACGACUUGUGCCACUCAUGCCCAGACGCCAUGCAAUUGAGAUGA